CUCAACCCAGUAUAGCUACUGAAGAUCCAGCAGCAUUAUGAGCAAGGGAACCCUUUUAGCAGGCCUGUGCCUCCUCUUCUGUCAGUUGGGAUGUUCAACCGACUUGAUGUGUUACUUCACCAACUGGGCUCAGUACAGACCAGGCACGGGAAGGUACAUGCCUGAAAAUGUGGACCCCCACCUGUGCACUCACCUGAUCUAUGCCUUUGCUGUCAUCAAUGACGCCCACCAGCUGACAACCUACGAGUGGAACGAUGAGACACUUUAUAAGUCUUUCAAUGGCCUCAAAGCAAGGAAUCCCAGUUUGAAAACUCUGUUAGCUGUGGGUGGAUGGAACUUUGGCACAGCUAAGUUCUCCAGUAUGGUGUCCACAGCAGCCAACAGGCAGACCUUCAUCCAGUCUUCCAUCAGCUUCCUGAGGACUCAUGGCUUUGAUGGGCUGGACCUGGACUGGGAGUACCCUGGAUCCCGCGGCAGCCCCCCAGAGGACAAGCAGAGAUUCACUCUGCUCUGCAAGGAGCUUCGUGAGGCGUAUGAGGCUGAGGGGAGAAGCUCUGGACGUCCACGUCUGAUGGUCACCGCCGCAGUGGCAGCAGGGAAGGGCACCAUCGACAAAGGCUACGAGAUCGCAGAAAUAGCCAAGUACCUGGACUUCAUCAGUGUGAUGACGUAUGACUUCCACGGGACAUGGGAGAGUGUAACUGGCCACAACAGCCCCCUGUUCAAGGGCUCACAGGACCAAGGAGAGUUCGUCAACUUCAACACUGACUCUGCCAUGACGUACUGGAGGGACCAGGGGGCCCCUGUGGAGAAGCUGAGGAUGGGUUUUGCCACCUACGGCCGCACCUUCCGCCUGUCGUCCGCAGACACGGGCGUUGGAGCCCCUGCCAGUGGACCUGCCUCUGCCGGAACCUACACCAGGGAGGCUGGCUUCUGGUCCUACUACGAGGUUUGCUCUUUCCUACAAGGAGCCACCGUCCAGAAGAUUGAGGACCAGAAAGUGCCCUAUGCUUUUAAAGGAACUGAGUGGGUGGGAUACGACGAUAAAGAGAGUUUUGCCACAAAGGUCCAGUACCUCAAGAGUAAAGGGUUUGGAGGUGCUUUCAUCUGGGCUCUGGACCUGGAUGACUUCGCUGGCCAGUUCUGUGGACAGGGCAACUACCCCCUACUCAGCCACCUGAAAGGCCUUCUGGAUAGCACUUCACCCACUCCAAAGCCUGGGACCACGACAACGACAAAGAAACCUGUGGUAACUACGACAACAAAGAAGCCCUCAGUGGUAACUACGACGACCAAGAAACCUACGACCACCACCACCAAGAGACCUACGACCACCACCACCAAGAAAACUACGACCACCACAGAGAACCCAGGCAAGGAGUUCUGUGAGGGCAGGCAGGAUGGUCUCUACGCCAACGCCAAAGACCCGUCCACGUUUUUCUCAUGCGCUGAUGGCCGUACCUAUCUCAUGCACUGCCCGCCAACUCUGGUCUUCAAAGACUCCUGCAAAUGCUGUGACUGGCCAUGAGGUGGCGUAUAUCCAUCCUAAAACCCAAAGACAGUCAGAUACAUUUCUAAGGCAUCAAUGGGCAAAGCAGGCUUAGAAAAGUGUGCAAGAUUUUCUGAGUUUGAAAUGUCUCUGCACUGUCUUCCGAGUUUUAGGAUGUAGGCCUACUGUAAGACAACACCUCUAUUGUUGUCGAUGAGAAUGUUUCAACAUUUUGUUACGCCAUGCCUGGCUGUCUGUCUGUCUGUCUGUCUGUCGGUUAAGCCUCUUGCAAGACUGUUGGGUUCUGCAAUCUCCACUUAAGCAAACUCUUUACUGUUUCUUUCUUUUCUCCUUGUAAGGGUUUUUUAUUCUUAUGUUUUGAGUGCUUGUGUCCAAAUGCAAUUCCAAAAUAAACGGUUAAAGCCUGCAGACCCAAGACCGUACAGGCCUUUGUCUGUCUGUAGGCCUACCCAGCUGUCUGUAUGAAAGUUUUGAUUGUUGGAGGCUAAGGUCUUCAAAUGCAAGGCUGUUCAUACCUUUUGUCUGUACUUGCAUGUUUGUAUUAAAAACAUGACUGUUGGAGAUUGUCUUUGAAACUUCAGCUCUAUCGCUUUAUUUCCUGUGCUGUCCUAUCGGUGGAGGAUUUCCUCUAUGACCAUUCUGUUAAAAUGGCACAUAAGAUUCAUUGUGUUUCCACUUUAAUACAACUUACUGGUUUAUUCUGUAACAGACAUGUAGCCUACCUGACAUGUUACGACAGGUAAACUUCUGCCUUCAUCAGAAAGUCACACAGGUAGGUGUCAAUUGUGACGUGCGUGAACUGGUAGUAGUCAACUUGGGUAAUUGAGGUAUGCCUAUGCAUGUGCAUGAAACAAAAAUGCAUUCUGGGUUGACAAUGUUGCAUGAUGGUUAUGACUUGUGUCCGACUUGAUCAAAAGUGAUUCCCAUGGCAUGAAAACAUGCAUAACCAU